GGCUAUGAAUAACGGCGGUGGCGCAUAGUUAACGGUAGCUAACGAGUCGCAGAGGGAUACUACUACAAAUAGGGAUUUUUCUGAAACAAGUAUCAUGAAUUGAUUAAAGUGAAAGGUGAAGAAGUUGUGAAGCGAAAUGAAGUGAAGUGCAAGAAAGAAGGUGAAAAUGCUGCAGAGGUGUACAAAAAAAAAGCUAAAAUCGAUGCGCUAAAGUUAAAUGCAUUACUCUAACAUGUAAAAAAUGUGAAGUGUAUGUGUACACAUAGAAACUAAAAAAAGUCUAUGCAUUCAUAUACAUAGCAUGUACGUACAUAUGUAUGUAUGUACGAAUUCAUACCAAAAUUUGAUAAUCUAAGAUUUGUGCAAGCAAUACAAAUGUGUACAAUUACAUGGCACUAGCGAGGCAAAGCCACUACACAACAACAACAACAACCAAACAACAUAUUGGAUACGCCGCGAAUUUGCGCGCCGCAUGAAAGCAGAACACAUCACGAAUUUGCACGGACGUAAUUGUGGCUGCGUCAAAUCUUGAAGCUCAAUACUUGCACUCUCGCUGGCACAAAUACUACAAACAUUGAGAAAGAUGUUUGGUUACACUGGCAAAUGGGGCACCUGGUUCACAUUGAUACUGGUGCAAUUGGCAAUUAUGCUGGGCUUCGCUUGUCGCGUAUCUGAGUUUCCUUGCAAGGGUAAUAACAACAUUUGCAUACCAUUGGACAAAUUCUGCGAUGGACGUGCGGAUUGUGAAGAUGGCAGCGAUGAGCCAAAACAUUGUUCGGUUUGCAACCGAACUUAUUACGGUGACAUUGGUCGCACCUAUACAUUAAAAGUGCCAACACCACAAUGGAGUCGACUGCCAUUUUUAUGUCACCUAACUUUCACAGCUUCAGGGCGUGAGCAAGGCGAUAUUGUGCAAAUUAUCUUCGAUAGUUUUACGGUGGGUCGCUUCGAUGAAGGCAUGGUGGACUCAGAUAUUGACGGUUACGAAAGCAAUGUUAACCCAGCUGGCGAGUUGCCAGGCUGUCCCGAGGGUUUUAUGCAGCUGAGCGAACUGGGGCGUCCAUUCACAGGCGGUUCUUGGUGCGGCAAAGCAACAGGGCCUCAAUUAUAUUUUAGCGAAACAUCGACAGUAACUGCAUCUGUGAAGGUAUUUCAUCCGCCCAAGAACAUCCAUGAUGAGAAACCAUUCGAAUUCAAAAUACGAUACAAAUUCAUCAGUCAAACUGAUGCUGUUGUCAGAUACGGUCUGCCCGAUAAGCCUUUGGAAUUGGGGCGCGUUACACCUGGCACGUAUUGUACACGCCAAUUUGAUGAGUGCUAUCGAAAUAAAUGCCAUUUGCAAAGCCCAAAUUAUCCGGGCAUGUAUCCGCGAAAUGUAACCUGUUAUUGGACGAUACGACAAAAGGAGGUGCCCACCAGUAAGCAUGCCAUGAUUGCUGUUAGUCAAGAAAAUCAACACAAGGCGCUAGUAAAAAGAUCCAUUGCAAGUUUUAACAAGACUUCACGUUCCAUACGAGCGUGGUCGGACUGCACAGGAGAACGGGAUCAUUUGAUUUUCUAUGAUGGCAGCUCCACAAAUGAUCCUGUGUUGGCAAAAUAUUGUGGCGGUGACUGGUUACCACGUGUGGUGUCGCGUGGACCUGAAAUGUUGGUUGCAUUCCAUUCUAGCCCAUUUUCGGCGCCCUUGCAACAAGGCGUUCCGAAUCGUGGUUUUGAACUUGAUGUCGAUAUUAUUUUCACAGAUUCAGAUUCAUACGAUUUUGCACAAGGCACAAAAAAUACCUGCGAGUUCCAUAUAAAUGCAACAAAUCCAGAUGAUGUACUCUUCUCGCGGCGUGGACGAAUGGGCCGUAUUGUAAGCCCACGGCAUACACUACCACCGAAUACAACAUGCACCUACCACUUUCAUGGAUAUCCGGGCGAUCUGAUUUGGUUGUCUUUUACAAGCUACAAUCUACAGAUAUUACAGCAAACAAUUCAUGACAACAACACGCUAGGCAGAGCUGAUUUGCCACCAUGGAUCACGCGCCUAAGAAUGUGGGACAGUUAUGGCACGUAUGUUUCAUCGAAAACCACAACAACAACUGGGCAGCCACCAUCACCACCACCAGUGGCAUCAUCUGCAUCGGGAAGCAAACCAACUACCUUGAAUCAAAGCGCCUACGGCAAUUAUUAUUACAGUGCACAAAAUCCCAAAUUGAGUAAAAAUCUACGCGUGAAUAUUGAUAAUGCAUGGAAUCCGGUCGAUACAUACAUCUAUGGUCCAACACAAUCGAGUAUAUUCAAUAAUGAAAAUAAGUAUAGUGGCUAUCAGCAAGCUGGAGCGGGUGCAGGUGGCAAACAGAGUGGUGGUGUCGCCAAUAGUGGCAUAAGCGGCAUAAAGGAGAGUUUAAAUUAUAUUUCGGGUGGUAGUAGUGGUGGUAAGGGUAGCAAGGAUACGUCAUCAGCUGAAAAGAGCUCGGUUUCAUUGAUGAGUUCGAAGGGCAAGCGACGUUUAAUGUUGGAAAUCUAUGAUUAUGAAACACCGAAGUUGUGCGAUCACACUGCCAUUAGCAAUAAUGCAUUGGGCUUCAAUAAGCUGAGACCAUGUAGUCCUUUGGAGAGUUAUGUUAGUUCCGGACGAGAUUUGAAACUGGAGUUUCACACUCACACCGGCACCGCGCUCUUUCCGGCUCAAUUUUCGCUGAAUUAUGAAUUUGUGGACACCGAACAGGGCGGCGAACCCUGGCCCGGACGCAGAGGGGAAGAUCCCGUACCACUACUCUGUUCACGCGUUUUUCGCAAGCGUAAAGGCAACAUACAGGUGCCACGAAAUGUCUUCCUCUACGGCCGUGGUGGAGCCAAGAAUUUCACGUGCCUAUAUCGCUUCGAAGCCGGCACAUCUGAACGCGUCCGCCUAGUGUUACACAAUGUUACAUUCGGUGAGGGUACUGCAUGUACAACUGACUCUGAUCUGCACACCGGGCGUCCGCGUUGUAAUCAACUCGACCCGGAGGGGCGCCUGACUGAAUUGCGACUUUUCGAUGUACCCUUUCGUGAUGUGAAAAUACAAUUGGGUUGCUUCUGUGACAACUCCAGUACGCUCUACAGCAAUGCGCCACUAACAUUCAUAUCAAAUUCGCGUGUCAUGGAGCUAUCAUUCACCGUCACACGUUUGAAUAUUUCGGAGGAUUUUGCAGAUGUUUACUUUUUCGCUUCAUACGAAUUUAAGCGAGUGAGUGAAUGCCGCAAGCGACUUAAGCUGAAAGGUGCUGGUGGUGAAGAUGAAAUUAAGUAUCCUAUGAAGUCACAGGACUCCAGUUGUGAAGGUCUCUCUUGGUGCAUUGAGGCACAGACAUUGGAGCAUUCACUAUUCGUGCAGACGUGGGGCUCUUACUUGCCCAUAGAUCCGACAUCGGAGGAUGCUAUGCGUUGUCAUACCAAAAAUCGGUUGAUCAUAUAUGCGGGACGACCUUUGAAGGUGAUGCGCGUUGUUUGUCCAGCACAGAGUGGACCGAGACCGACUUCGUUGCAUAUAUUCUCAGAAGAUUGGACAAAUGGACAGCCUUUGUUUACCAACAAGCCAGUCAGCUUAGUACUGGAACCGAUACUCAAAGAGCCCGGCGACAUUGCCUUCACAUGGUUGGAAAUCUACCGCACACGAAAUUCCUUAAUUCAACAGCUCGAUAUACAAACCAAUGCCAGCGUGAUGACGGGUGGCGCUGCAGCUGGCAAUGACACAUUGACCGACAUCGGCUUUUAUCCGAAGGAAUCCGAUUGCGAAUAUAAAUGUCCCGAGCUGGAUGCGUGUAUAGCGGGGACCCUAUGGUGUGAUGGCCACAAUAACUGCCCAUCUGGAUUUGAUGAAUCUGAACAGGAGUGCGGCUCUGCGCGCAAACUACUCGAACUGCCAGGCGGCGUAUUUGCUGCGCUCGGCUGCAUAGCGGCAGCCAUAACCGCCUGUCUCAUAUUCUGUAUUUUCGGUUUACUAAGGAAACGUAAAAAAACUGUCGGCCAAAAGAUUACCAUAAAUGGUAGUACACUCAAAAAGGACUUCAACAAGGAGUCACUCUUCAUUGAUCCAGCCUCUUGACACGGACUACAGCCGGUCGAAUUUAUACAUGUCGAUCGGGAAACGACUGUGUGAUAUGUUGCCGAUGAAUUUUAGUGCUGCUAAGUAUUGCUGUCGCUUUAACAUUAAAUACUCCAACGAGAGUACUACGGAACGGACGGACGAAAGGGGCAUAUGUACGUUAAGGAUACGUUAUCUCGAUCCUGCAUGCAUGAGAGACCCAAUAUACAUAUGUAUUGUGUGCCCUAAUUAAAUGAUAUACAUACAUACUUACAUA